AUGCAAGCGCCAGCACCAUCAAGAGACGACAUUGCCGUCGUCGGCUUGUCGUGCCGCUUCCCGGGCGAAGCAGAUACCGCCGAGCACUUUUGGGAUUUCAUCUGCAAUGGACGUAAUGCAUACUCUGAGAAUCCGGAUCGGUGGACGCCGGAUGCUUUUCACUACGGUGAGAAAAAGAUCAACACCAGUCUGCCCCGGGGAGGGCAUUUUAUGAAGCAAGAUGUGGCCGCCUUCGACGCCAACUUCUUCAACCUCUCCAAGGUCGAGGCCGAGUCCAUGGACCCCCAGCAGCGCAUCAUCAUGGAGGUGACGUACGAGUCCAUGGAGAGCGCCGGCCUCCGCGUCGACGAGCUCGCGGGCUCGCGGACGGGCGUCUUCAUGGCCAGCUUCACAAGCGACUACCGGGAGAUGCUGUACCGCGAUGCCGAGACGGCGCCUCUGUACACCGCAACGGGCACCAGCAACACGUCGACCUCGAACCGCGUCUCGUGGUUCUUCGACCUGCGCGGGCCCAGCUUCACCGUCAACACGGCCUGCUCGUCCAGUCUGGUCGCCUGCCAUCUCGCCUGCCAGAGCCUAUGGAGCGGCGAGACGGAGAGCGCCAUUGUCGGCGGCACCAGCCUGCUGCUGAACCCCGACAUGUUCCUGUACCUCUCCAACCAGCAGUUUCUGGCCCCCGACGGCCAGUGCAAGAGCUUUGACGAGUCGGGCGACGGCUACGCCAGGGGCGACGGCAUCGGCGUCGUCAUCCUGAAGCGAGUUGCCGACGCCCUCCGCGACGGCGACCCGAUCCGCGCCGUCAUCCGUGGCAGCGGAUGCAACCAGGACGGCCAUACAAAGGGCUUCACCAUCCCCAGCGUCGAGGCGCAAGCCUCCCUCAUUGCAGAAACGUACCGCAACGCCGGCCUCUCGCUUGCGGAGACGCGCUACGUCGAGGCUCACGGAACGGGCACCCAGGCCGGCGACACGCGUGAGAUGGAAGGCAUUGCCCGCACAUUCAGCCAGCACCGCACGGCGUCGGACGAGCUGCUGGUGGGAUCAGUCAAGGCAAAUAUCGGGCAUCUCGAAGCCUGCGCGGGACUGGCCUCGCUCAUAAAGUGCGUCUACAUCCUGGAAACGGGCGUGAUACCCCCGACGCCGAGCGUCCGCGUCCUGAAUCCCAAGAUCCGCUGGGAGGAAUGGCAUCUCAAGGUGCCUGCGACACAAACAAUUUGGCCGACCGAAGGCCUGCGGCGGCUCAGCACCCAGGGUUUUGGAUAUGGCGGUACAAACGCGCAUCUGAUCCUCGACGACGCGGCCCAUUAUCUCGAGGCACGCAAACUCAGGGGCCACCACUACACCCGCACACAUCCCCAGACACGGAGACUUUUGACUUCGGCAAUGCAUGAAGCCGUGCCAAAUGACCAGCCGCCACGGCUAUUUCUGUUCCGCGCAAACGAUCGCGAGGGCCUGGGGCGCGUCCGCUCGUCGCUGGCCCAGCAUCUCGAGCAGCUCCUCAAGUCGUGGCCGCAGGACUCGAGAGACGGCGGCGCAUACCUACACAAUCUGGCCUUCACCCUGGCCAGUCGACGGUCCCAUCUCCAAUGGCAGACGUACGCCACAGCCUCCACGCCCUCGGAGCUGCUCCAGGCGCUCCAGCAAGAGGGCGGCGCGUGGGCGGCUCCCGAGACUCGCGUCGCCGCCUCGGCCCCCCGGCUCGGCUUCAUCUUCACCGGCCAGGGCGCGCAGUGGGCUCGCAUGGGCGUCGAGCUGAUGGCGUACCCCGUGUUCCGCCAGAGCGUCGAGGCGUCGGACGAGUUCCUGCGCAGCGCCCUCGGGUGCCCCUGGUCUGCCGUCGACGAGCUGGCCAAGCCGCAGGCCACGUCGCGGCUCUCCGAGGCGGCCUACAGCCAGACGCUCUGCACGGUUCUCCAAAUCGCCACCGUCGACCUGCUCGAGGACUGGAACGUCUGUCCCGCGCGCGUGGCCGGGCACUCGAGCGGCGAGAUCGCCGCCGCGUACUGCCUGGGCGCCCUGACCAAGCACGACAGUCUGCGGGUGGCCUACUACCGCGGGAUCCUGUCCUCGGAGAUGCAGCAGACGCACGGGGAUCGCAGGGGGGCCAUGAUGGCCGUCGGGGCUUCCCCCGAAGAGGUCGAGGCGUGGCUGGCCAAGCUGACCCGGGGACGAGUCGUCGUCGCCUGCAUCAACUCGCCGACCAGCGUCACGGCAUCCGGGGACGCCGCGGGCAUCGACGAGCUUCUCGCCAUGGUCCAAGAGGCCGGCGUGUUUGGGCGCAAGCUGCAGGUGGACGUGGCCUAUCACUCUCACCACAUGCAGUCGGUUUCUUCCGCGUACGCUGAGCUCCUCAAGGAUCUUGCGCCGCUGCCGGCGCGUCCGGGGCGCACCAUGCACUCGAGCGUCUUGGGCCGUGUCAUCGACGCCGCGGAGCUCGGCGCUUCCAACUGGGUGCAAAACCUCGUCUCCCCGGUGCGCUUCUCCGAAGCCGUGUCGAGCCUCCUCUCCGACGGGGACAAGCCGGCCGUCGAUGUGCUCGUCGAGAUUGGGCCGCACGCCGCGCUCAAGGGGCCCGUCCAGCAGAUCCUCCAGGCCCAGGGCGUGUCCGCGCUCAAGUACACGAGUGUCCUCUCCCGGGGACAGAGCGCCGUAAAGACGGCUCUGGCGUGCGCCGGCGAGCUCGUCCUGUCGAGUGUGCCCGUCGCCAUGUCUCGCGUAAACUUGGAGUCCGGGCCGCAGCCGAGUCCGUUGGUCGACCUGCCCCCCUAUCCCUGGAACCGCUCGACUCGAUUCUGGGCCGAGUCGCGUCUUUCCCGAGAGUAUCGGCUGCGCAAGCACGCCCGCCUGCCGCUGUUGGGAAGCCCGUGUCCCACGAUGGGCGCCCGCGAGAGAUACUGGCGCGGCAUGGUGAGGCUGGAGGAGGAGCCCUGGAUCCGGGACCACGAGAUUCAGGGGUCCAUCCUGUAUCCCGGGGCCGGCUUCUUGAUCAUGGCCAUCGAAGCGGCUUCACAGCAUGCAGGCGAGCAGCGCAAAGUAAGCGCAUUCCGACUGCGCGACGUGCACCUCGACGCCGCCUUGGUGGUGACCGAGGACAGCACCGCCGAGGCCAUUCUGCAACUCCGACCGCAUCUUCUCGCGCCGGGCAGCAGCCAGUCGUCCUGGAUGGAGUUUACCGUCAAUUCAUCUAUUGACGGCGGCGAUUUGCGUCAGAACUGCUCCGGCCUCAUCAUGAUCGAGUAUGCCGCCGACGCAGACUCGGCCAUGGACCGCGAGCGUGCCCUGGAGUCGGACAUGGUUUGUGACUGGUACAAGAAAACGUACGUCUCUUGCCAGCAGUCUGUCGACGUGGGCAAGUUCUACUCGCGCCUUGCUUCUCUUGGCCUUGUUUACGGGCCAACCUUUGCAAACGUGACGGAGAUUCGGAGAACGGGCCAGGGCCAGUGUAUCGGCGCCGUCCGUAUUCCGGCCGUGGACAGCCUCGUGCCGCCCGCAUACCGCAGCCAUCCUCACGUCAUCCAUCCGGGGACGUUGGAUGCCGUCUUCCACCUUGCCUUUGCGGCGCUCGAGGACUCGUUGCUUCCGGGCCCCAUGGUCCCAACGACAAUCGACGAGCUGGUCGUGGCAGCAGACACACCAAACACCCCUGGCACUCUGCUUCGCGGAGUCUCGCGCUCCUCUCCUCACGGCUUCAGAGAGCUCAUCUCCGACAUUGACAUGCUGGAUGACCAAAACAGCAGAGCACUUGUGCAAAUCAAGGGGUUCCGUUGCGCCGACGUAUCCGGGGGGCGCAUGACCGAGUCGGAGGCGGCGUCAGCAGAGAGUCGGCCGAUUGGCUUCCGUCUCGAGUGGAAGCCGGCAAUCGACUUGCUGACCGGUGAGCAGCUACGGACAUAUCUUGACCAUUGUGUCAAGCAGGAGGGUGCGUCCAACGUCGCCCGCGCCACAGAGCUGAACAAUCAUGUCCAUCACCUUGAAGAAACUUUACCUCGUGUUGCCGUGGAUCCUGCCAUGGCAAACUUGUCUGACUGGCUGUCGGCCAAGUCUGCAAAACUCACGAAUGGGGCUGCUUCAUCAUCCAAACGUCCAUCCCCCGGCGGUGACAUGCUCGCAAUGAGAGACGCCUUGACCGCAGUGCGAGAAGGAAGCAUUCCAUCACCAGAACAACAAGACAAGAUGUUGAGAGAGGUGGAGCAAAACGGCGCUCUGUCCAUUCUAUUAAAGUCACUCGACGCAUAUAUCGACCUUCGCCAUCAUGCCAAGCCCGACCUGUCGAUUCUUGAGCUGAGCCUGGACUCGGUGCCAUACUCUGUCUUCGCAGCUCUGCCCAGUCGACAUAAGAUUCUCCAGACAGCGCAGUACGCUAUUAGAGUAUCGCAAGAGGGCGUCGCCGACCGCGUCAGGGCCCAGUUUGGGUCUCAGGCUUCCGACAUUGAAGUCUCCGCUGCAGACUUUACAAAGAAACUCGACGAGGCCUUGGGAAAGCACGAUGUCAUUCUCAUAUUUGACCCUGGCUUCAUACACGCAAAGCUAGAGGUCGUUUUGCGCAACGCGCGCAAGCUGUUGAACCCAGGGGGCAGGAUCAUCGUCGCAGAAGUCGGCGAGCCUGGGCUCUACUUGGGCACAGCACUGGGCUGUCUUCAGUGGACAAGAAACCUAGACGUUGCCCAGAGCAGCAGCAGCUGGACAUCGUGUCUCGCGCGCUCGGGACUGACGCCUGCUCUCAAACUCAUUGACAUGGACACAGAGUCCGCCGUUCACGGACACUUCCGCCUGAGUCUCACAGGCAAUGCCGCCGAGUCGGCCAACAGUGACAAUCGCCAGCCGCAGCAAGUCACCCUCAUAGAAUCCGCCAAUGCAUCUGCCACGGCCCAAGCUAUCGCGGCAGCCGUGGCCCAGAAUCUUGAGAAGGCGUCGAUUCCCACAAAGCGCGUCCGUUGGGGCUCCGACGUGUCGCAGCUCAAGGGCCAGCCUUGCAUCGUCCUGACGGACUUGGAGUCUGCGCUUCUCAAGGACCCGGCACCAGAGGAUCUCGCGGCCCUGCAGUCGCUGUUUUCGAAUGCCGAGAGCACCCUCUGGGUGAGUGGUCCCCUGGGGCCCGAUGCUGCUCUGAUCACGGGCCUGUCUCGCAGCGUUUGCAACGAGGCGGCUGACGUCCAUAUACGCACGCUUGAGGUGACUGAUCUGCCUGGCCCCGGGGCAGACAGCUACGCCGACCUGGUCACUCGUGUCUUCCGGUAUAGUGGUCCCGAUACAGAGUUUCGGUGGCAUUCAGACGCGCUGCUUGUCAGCCGCCUGGUCGAGGAUGAGGCCCGAAACAAGGAGAUUGCGCAGCUGCUGGGCCAGGGAGAAAAGGCCGCGGUUGCGACUACGCUACAGGAGAAGCCAGAAGGACUGAAGCUGUGCAUGCGCCAGAUUGGCAUGCUGGACUCUGUUUGCUUUGAGCCCGAUUUGUUGGCUUUGGAGCCCCUGGAAGCAGGCGAAGUGGAAGUCGACGUCAAGGCCUCCGGAGUCAACUUCCGAGAUGUCAUGGUCGCCUUGGGACAGAUCCCGGACCGGGCAUUCGGGUUCGAGGGCGCUGGUGUCGUUCGCCGUGUACAUGCUUCAGAGACGCGCCUCCGCCCGGGAGACCGAGUCGUCUUCCUCGCUCACGGAGCACACCGGACAGUCCAUCGCGUACGUGCCGACUACGCUAUGCCUAUGCCUGAUACCAUGAGCUUUGAAGAGGGCGCGGCCAUUCUCCUCGUCCACACGACAGCUUGGUACGCACUCGUCAAGUCGGCGCGCGCAACAGCCGGCCAGUCAGUCCUCGUUCACGCUGCCGCAGGUGGUGUUGGCCAGGCCGUCCUCAUGCUUGCUCGACAUCUAGGACUACAGGUUUUCGCGACGGUUGGUUCCGAGGAGAAGAGGAAGCUUGUGCACGAAACGUACGGGGUUCCCCACGACCACAUCUUCAACUCGCGAGACGCCAGCUUUGCCAUGGGCGUGAAGCGCAUGACCAAAGGCCGCGGAGUCGAUAUUGUUGUCAAUUCGCUUGCCGGGGAAGCUCUCCGGCAGACGUGGCACUGCCUGGCCCCCUUUGGCACCUUUGUCGAGCUCGGCAUGAAGGACAUCUUGGACAACGCACGCCUGGACAUGAAGCCCUUCCUCCAGGAUGCCACGUUUGUCUUCUUCAACCUGAACCGUGUCCAAAAGGAGCGGCCAGACCUCAUGGGAGAGGCUCUCCGAGAGACAAUGGCCCUUGUACGUUCCGGCGCUCUCAAGCCCGCGACGCCGCUCACCUCGUAUCCCGCGUCUCAGGUGGAAGCGGCAUUCCGCAAGAUUCAAACGGGCCAGCACCUGGGGAAGCUCGUGCUGACAUUCCAGGCGGGAGAUGUUGUCCCCGUCGUCAGACCGGACCUCAGCCUAAGUGACUCUGGCACCUACCUCCUCGUCGGAGGACUCGGCGGCCUGGGCCGGAGUCUUGCACGGCUCUUGGUGCAGCUUGGGGCGCGCCGGCUGUGCUUCUUCUCUCGCUCCGGCGCAGCAAGCAGCGAGGCGCGCGCCCUCGUCAAGGAACUCGAGAUGCAGCAUCGAGUGCGCGUCCUCGUCUGCAAAGGGGACGUGUCCGACGCCGACACCGUAUCCCGCGUCGUCCAGCAAUGCCGGGCGGCUCUUGGGCCUAUCCGGGGUGUCAUUCAGUGUGCCAUGGUCCUCCGUGACGGUCUCUUUGAGAGGAUGGCUCACGAUCAGUGGACCGAAAGCACGCGGCCCAAGGUGCAGGGCACGUGGAACCUGCACGAGCAGAUCCCAGUGUCCGACUUUUUCAUCACGCUGAGUUCCUUUGCGGGCGUCUUUGGAAGCCGUGGGCAGAGCAACUACGCCGCUGCGGGCGCGUACGAGGAUGCCAUGGCACACCAUCGGCAGUCUCUGGGCCAGAGGGCCAUCACCAUCGACUUGGGCAUCAUGCGAGACGUGGGUGUUCUCGCCGAGAACGGCAUCACCGACUAUCUCCGCGAGUGGGAGGAGCCGUUUGGAAUCCGCGAGCCCGAGUUCCAUGCGCUCAUCAAGUCAGCCAUCAUGUCGACGACACAGCCCCUGACUGAACGCUCCGUGGUGCAGAUCCCAACCGGCCUGGCCACGGCCCGGUCUGCGCAGGCAGCCGGUAUAAGCACGCCGUUCUACUUUGAUGAUGCCCGUUUCUCCAUCCUGGCCCAGACACGUACCUCGGCCGGUGCCUCGUCUGCAGCUGGGUCUGGUGACGCCGAUGCCGGCAAGGUUUCUGUGCGAACGCAGCUUUCUCAGGCUCAUUCCGUGGCUGAAGCCGCCGCCGCCGUCCAGACGGUGCUUCUUGAGCGCGUGGCAAGGACCCUUCAGAGCUCCGUGGCGGAAAUUGAUCCCUCCCGGCCACUGCACUCGUACGGUGUAGAUUCCUUGGUGGCCGUGGAAACGGUCAAGUGGAUGUUCAAGACGCUGGACGCUAAGCUGACGGUGUUUGAUGUUCUUUCCAACGUGUCUAUCACGGCGUUGUGCGAGAAGAUUGCAUCCAUGUCUACUUUGGUGAAGUUGAACUAG